AAGAUCAAAUACAUUUUUAAUUCUAAUGUUUACUUUUGAAGGCUUUUUUUCAGACUAAAAUGCAAAAAGAUCAGUUUUAACAAGUGAAAAAAAUGUUUAGCCUCGUGCGCACUAGUCACCCUGCUACGGGAGUAGAGCACAGUAUCUAUGCCUCGUUUUUCCGGAGCAACGAGCAGAACCUUGUCGUGGCCGGAGCAAAUAUACUCAAGGUGUUCCAGCUUGUACCAGAAACUGUAAACAAGAAGGAUGUGAAUCCUCGCCUGAAGUUGGAAUGUAUGGCCCAAUGGCAGCUCCAUGGGUGGGUUCAAUCCAUAGCAGCUGUUCGGCUGCUCGGAGCUGAUAGGGAUACAUUACUUCUUACAUUCAAGGACGCUAAGCUGAGUUUAGUUGAGUACUGUCCUGACACCCAUGAUCUCAUCACAAUAUCUCUUCAUCAUUUCGAGGUAAUUAAAGGAAAUUUUACAUCUUGGGAAAUAGUUUAA